AUGUUAGACGAGAGAGUGCUCCUACGUUUGCGCUUACCACGGCUGCUUCCGCAUCUUUUUAUUCGUGGUCCACGCAACAGUAUUAAUAAACUUAAAUCACCAAUACUGACUUUUGGUGCAUGGAAUGUCCGCACCCUUCUCGACCGUGACACAAACGCCUGCCCAGAACGAAAAUCUGCCAUAGUUGCUCGGGAACUACAUCGCUACAGCAUUGAUAUAGCUGCUAUAAGCGAAACCCACCUUGCCGAAGAGGGCGAAUUAGUCGAGCAUGGCGGUGGCUACACUUUUUACUGGAAGGGCACUGCUGCAACAGAACCAAGAAGGUCGGGAGUUGGUUUUGCGAUCAAGAACAAUCUUGUGAAGACACUACAAGAAUGUCCAAUUCAUAUCUCGGACCGUAUUACCACUUUGCGCCUUCACUUAGACUGUGAUAACUUCCUUAACGUCAUCAGUGCCUAUGCACCGACGCUAGAUAGUUCCGACGACACUAAGGAUAAAUUUUACGAGGAACUUACACAAUGUCUUCAUAAAAUACCGAACAGAGAGAAGAUACUGUUAUUAGGUGACUUCAAUGCCAGAGUUGGACGAGAUUAUGAAGCGUGGCCUAAAGUUGUGGGUAGACAUGGGGUAGGCAACGUCAACUCUAAUGGCCAGUUGCUGCUUAGUUUGUGUGCUCAAUUCCAACUUGCAAUCACAAACACCAUGUUUCGCCUUGCUGCUAAGCACAAAACUACGUGGAUGCAUCCCAGAUCUAAGCACUGGCACCUAAUUGACUAUGCCAUCACGAGGCAGCGGGACAUCUCUCAGGUCCUAGUCACUCGUGUCAUGCGCGGUGCUCACUGCUGGACGGACCAUAGGCUUCUUGUCACCAAACUUCGUUUAUGCCUUCGGCGGCCAUUUAGAGCUAGCAUGAAAAAGCCUCGAAGCAUAGACAUUGAGAAACUCAAAUAUCCGGCACCCCGAGAAAAAUACGCUGAAUUGCUGGCAUGUGAUUUACACUCUCAUCAAAAUACCGGUGACAUUGAUACUGAUUGGAAAGCUCUGUCGUCGUCAGUUCUUGAUGUAGCCAUUAACACCAUAGGCUUAAAAACAAGACGCAAACAAGACUGGUUUGAUGAGAACGACGAAGUUCUUACUAAAGCUAUUGCCAAACACCGAGAACUUCUCAAGCACAGUAAGAACAGCACUCUAAUAAGAGAGAGCGACCGCGAGUUGUGUAAGCUCACGAGAUGUACCAAAGAUAAAUGGUGGCAAGACAAGGCUCAGUACAUACAGUGGCUUGCUGACAGUAAUCAGCUCGGGAAUUUCUAUAGCGAAAUUCGCGGUCUUAUGGGUACCAUCAACUUCAUAAAGGUACCACUGAAGUCGCUGGAUGGCAACAGUCUGCUAACGAGCAAAAAUGAAGUGCUAGAUCGAUGGGCAGAAUAUUUCAAGAAUCUACUUAAUUUAGAUCGAACAGCCGAUCUACGAUAUAUAGACACUUUGCCUCAACUUCAAAUAGCAGAAGAGCUGGAUGAUGCCUUGUCUAAGCACGAAGUAGUUUGUGCCAUCAAACAACAGCAGAAUCAGCGUGCGGUUGGCUUAGACCUUGUACCAGGUGAACUUCUGAGAUAUGGCGGCGAGGAGUUGCAUUCGCGAGUCUGGGAAAUGUUUGUGCUUAUGUGGGAGAAAGAGCAGGUUCCUGAUGCUUUUAAAUUAUCACGCAUCAGGGCUCUCUAUAAGAACAAAGGCGACCGGUCGGAAUGUGGUUCUUACCGAGGUAUCUCACUGCUCUCUGUUCCUGGAAAAGUCUUCGCCAGAGUACUACUAAACCGCCUCAGGAAUCUCUCUGAAAAGAUUCUGCCAGAAACCCAAUUUGGUUUCAGACCAGAUAGAGGGACUUGUGAGGCAAUAUUCGCAGUCCGUCAACUUCAGGAAAAAAGUAGAGAGCAGGGCCAGCACUUGUAUCUAUGCUUUAUUGAUCUGGAAAAAGCAUUCGACUGUGUCCCUCGCGAGGCUCUCUGGAAGGUACUGAGAAAGUUCGGGUGUACAGAGAAAUUCAUAAGACUCCUGCGACUCCUGCACGAUGACAUGCAAUGUUGUGUAGCGAUUGAAGAUGACCAAUCAAGCUUCUUUUCCGUCACCUGUGGAGUGAAACAAGGUUGUGUCUUGGCUCCUACAUUGUUUGCAUUAUAUUUCGCAGUUGUGGUCCGGGAAGUAUCGACCUCUUCUCUUGAAGGAAUUCGUAUUCGUUAUCGGACUGAUGGGAAACUUUUUAACCUGAAUAGACUCAGGGCGACCACAAAGGUGUCCUAUGCACAUAUAGAGGACAUUAUGUAUGCAGAUGACCUUUGUUUCGUAGCUCAAUCCCCUGAAGUUCUGCAGCAGUUAGUCACGAACCUUCACAAGCAGUGCUGUACUUUUGGCCUAAAGAUCAGCGUGAAGAAGACAGAAGUGAUGUCACUGGACAGUCACGGACAUGAAGAACUGACCAUCGUGCUUGGUGAAGAUGUGCUGAAACAGGUCGAUACAUUUCGAUACUUGGGUAGCACUAUAACAUCAAAGUGCGACCUUGACGCCGAAAUGAAUAGCAGAAUUGGUGCUGCAGCUGCUGCUUUCGGCAAACUCGAUAAGAAGGUCUUCAGUUCCCAUGACUUAAAGCUAUCCACAAAGGUCUCUGUUUAUAUGGCAGUUGUGUUGCCUUGCCUACUUUAUUCAGCGGAAACAUGGACGCCGUACCGACGCCACAUCAGACAACUAGACCGCUUCCACAUCAAAUGUCUGCGCAAAAUAUUAAAUAUCCGCUGGUCUGAUCGUGUGCGUAAUACAGAUGUGUUGAGGAGGGCCAAGGUAGGUGGCAUUGAGGCAUACCUUAUGAGGAGACAGCUGCGUUGGUGCGGACAUGUAUUCCGCAUGCCGGAUACUAGGGUGGCCAAGCGCAUCCUCUACUCUGAGCUGCAAGAGGGCAAGCGAAAAUGUGGCGGUCAACUGCUGCGAUACAAGGAUGUGCUGAAGCGACACAUGAAAAGCUGUUCCAUAGAUCCGUCUCAGUGGGAGAAACUGGCAUCCAACCGCAGAGACUGGAGAAGCCGCGUAAAAGCCAAUAUCUAUGACUUUGAAGCCCGUCGGCUUUCUGAGCUGGAUGCCAAACGAGAUGAGUUGAAAGCGCGACCACCUGUAGCUAUCAACUACAACUUUGUGGCUGGUACCCUGACAUGCCCGCAGUGUGCGCGGACUUUUACGCACAAAAUUGGUUACUCCAGCCACAUGAGAGCACACGCACGCCAAUAGAGUCGAAGCAGUCGCCGUUACCGAAAUCGGUGUGGAAGAUUAU